AUGAAGACGACUCGCAAGUGCAGAGCACUCUUCUCGGUGGGUUUGAAUUUUUUCGCUCUCUUUUUUUCUGUAACAGCGUUCAUUACAACUUAUUGGUGCGUCGGUACUCAGAGAGUCCCCAAGCCAAAGUGCAGCAAGCUCCGGACGCACCAGUGCAUUGAUUACGGAGUGAACGAAACGGACCCCAAUAAAGUGGUUUACAGCUGGGAGACCGGGGACGACAGGUUCUUGUUCCGGCAGUUCCACACCGGCAUCUGGUUUUCAUGUGAGGAAAACAUUCACGACGAAAGUGAGAAAUGCAGAAGCUUCAUUGAUUUGGCCCCUGCAUCAGAGAAAGGGAUUCUGUGGCUGUCUUUGGUCUCUGAGAUGUUAUACAUCAUUCUUCUGGUGGUGGGUUUCAGCCUCAUGUGUUUAGAGCUGGUCCACUCCAGCAAUGUCAUCGAUGGACUCAAGCUCAACGCCUUUGCUGCCGUCUUCACCGUGCUCUCAGGUCUCUUGGGCAUGGUAGCUCACAUGAUGUACACGCAGGUCUUCCAGGUCACCGUCAGUCUUGGCCCGCCUGACUGGAGGCCGUACAACUGGGAUUACGGCUGGUCAUUCUGCAUGGCCUGGGCAUCAUUCACCUGUUGUAUGGGUGCAUCAGUCACCACUCUUAACUCCUACACAAAGACCGUCAUCGAGUUCAGACACAAACGGAAAACCUUUGAGCAGAGCAUCCGAGAGGAGCAUGCACGGGAAGCUUUCGGAUAUUUCCACGAAUGCUCUGUGCCAUCGAUAUCCAAGUCUGUGGAGAUUUAUGCUGGCCAGACCCCUAAAAGCAGCAGGAGAACACCCAUUCCUGCUGGCUCCCUGGACCUGAGUGACAUUCAGGGAUCCUUAGGUGAAGAGCAGUGCUGAAUAGGACAAGAUCAGAGGGACUUGACGUUGGAAAUCUCUGCUGCUCAUCUGUGACCCGACUUUGGGUUGGGAUGAAUGCAUCAAGGGAUUUCAGUCCACAUCAGCAGCUCCGUCUGAUGCAGUUCGGUGCUGCCUUAAAU